AUGCGCAUCAUUCCGAAGAUCUUCAGUUUCGAUGAGACAGACGUGCCGCCGGAGCUGCGCGCUCAGCGUAUCUUGAAUAAAUCACGCAUCCCAGAGAUGGUGCGUUACUUACUUGAAAACCCUAAAGAUUACGUAUUCUCUGCAUUAACUGCAUCCAUUGCGGUCGAUGUACAGUUUGACGAGUUCGAAAACUCCAACAAUCUUGGAACGCUUCGCGUUCCAAUGGAUGCGCAAAUUCUUAUCAAUGAUGGUCAACAUCGCCGUAAGGCUAUCGAGGAUGCCCUUUCGGAGCGUCCUGAAUUAGGGCAGGACAACAUCCCCGUAUUGUUCUUUGUUGAUGAAGGUUUAAGGCGUAGUCAGCAGAUGUUUGCUGACUUGAAUAAAUACGCAAUACGCCCUAGCCCAUCAUUAUCCGCGCUGUACGAUCAUCGCGACGUAAGCUCGAACCUUGCUCGCUAUCUUGCUAUGUCUAUCGAGCCCUUUAUUGGUCUUACUGAACUUGAGAAAUCGAGUAUCAGUUUGCUUUCCAAUAAACUGUUUACGCUAAGCAGCAUUAAACAGGCAACACGCGCCCUGCUUGGUAAAGACCCUAAAGUAGGCAGCAUUGAGGACAAUACACAUAUCGCUACGCUAUACUGGCAGGCUAUUUUCAAAGUCAUGCCAGACUGGCAGCUUGCUGCACGCAAAGAAGUAUCUCCGGCACAGCUCCGCCAGGAUUAUGUGCAUGCCCAUGGUAUCGGUUUGCAGGCUUUAGGCCUUCUGGGCCGUUCACUACUGACUGAAGAACCUGAGCACUGGCAGGAAAAACUUACGAAGCUAAAAACCUUUGACUGGCGUAAAAGUAAUCCUGAGAUGAUUAAGCGCGCAAUGCAGCAUGGCAAACUGAGCAAAACCGGCACCGCCAUUCAGCUAACUUGCAACGCUUUAAAAAUUGCGCUGUCUCUCCCCCUUUCUCCUGAAGAAAAAGAGCUUGAAGCUCAGAUGGCCUAUGAUCUGGCCGACUAUGAAGAUUUCAUAAACGAAGAGCAAUUUGCUGGACGUACUCUCGCUGAUUUUGUCUCUGAAGUUCAGCGUGUCUACUGCGCAGAUAAACGCCCUUGGGUGAUUGGCUAUAGUGGCGGUAAAGAUUCGUCAGCAGUCAUUACUCUUGUUUAUCUGGCGUUGAUGGGUCUUCCGCCGGAAAUGCGUACGAAGGAUGUGUUUGUCGUUUCCUCUGACACGCUCGUAGAGACGCCGGUUGUAGUAGACCUCAUUAAAAAAACGAUGCUCCAGAUUGAAGCUGGCGCUAAGCGCGACGGCUUACCGAUCACACAACAUGCUGUAACCCCAAAAACCAACGAGACAUUCUGGGUAAACCUGCUUGGUAAAGGCUAUCCAGCGCCUACCCGUAGUUUCCGUUGGUGUACAGAACGCAUGAAAAUCAACCCGGUAAGUGACUUUAUCAAAGAUAAGGUCAGCCAGUUUGAGGAAGUUAUUGUCGUUCUUGGAUCGCGCAGCAGUGAAAGCGCAUCACGUGCACAGGUUAUUGCAAAGCAUAAGAUUGACGGUUCGCGCCUUGCACGUCAUACCACUCUUUCGAAUGCCUUCAUUUACACCCCGAUUGAUACCUGGGAUGUUGAAGAUGUAUGGAAAUUACUGCGUGGUGCAUUCAGAUAUGCGCCUGAUGAUAUUGAUGAGUGGGAAAGCCCUUGGGGCGGUAAUAACCGCCCGCUGUGGACUCUUUAUAUGGAUUCCUCAGCUCAAGGUGAAUGCCCGCUAGUUAUUGAUGACAGCACGCCUUCCUGUGGUAACUCCCGCUUUGGUUGCUGGACAUGUACUGUCGUCACAAAAGAUAAAGCAAUGGAAAGCUUAAUCCAGAACGGUGAAGAGUGGAUGUCGCCACUUCUGAAAUACCGCGAUCUGCUGGCUUUCACUACCGAUCCAGUAAACAAAGACACCUACCGCAACUAUAAACGACGCACAGGUAAAGUGAGCUAUCAGUAUGCGAAGGAUGGCGAAGAACUUACAGCUGAGCGUAAACAUGUUCCAGGCCCUUACUGGCUUAAGUAUCGGCAGGAAUGGUUGAAGGAUUUGCUGACGAUUGAGCGUGAUAUGAACGCACAAGGUCAUACCAUUACAUUAAUCACAGAACCUGAGCUGCAUGCCAUACGUCAGCAAUGGCUGAAGGAUCCUAAUGAACCUGACUGGUACGAUACUUUACCGGGUAUUUAUCGCGAGGUUUAUGGCAAGGAUCUGGACUGGGUUAUAGACGAUCAAUCACGUUUCGACGCCAGCGAUGCCGAACUUCUCGAGCAAAUUGCACAAGGGUUUGAUGUUGUCCCUGAAAUGGUAAUGAAAUUGAUCGAGCUUGAAGUUUCGAUGGAAGGCCUGAGCCGCCGCCAGGGGAUCUUCGACAAGCUAGGGACGAUCCUCAAGCAAGACUGGGGAAGUCUUGAAGAGAUAAAACAACAGCAGGAAGCUUUGCAGAAACGUAAUGAACGUGAUGUUCAUCAGGAAGAAGUGGCAAGCAUAGAAGCUGAACUGCAGAUGCUGCAGCGGAGAAUUACCGAAGUCAGCGAACCAAUUCUGCUUACCAGUGAGGAAAAAGAACGUAACGACGAUAAUCCCCGCCCUAUCGUUUUAUUCGGUGGGUUAAACGGCGCAGGUAAAACAUCAAUACUUUCCGCUAUCCGCCUGGCCCUUUACGGAAGGCUUGCAUUUGGUUCAACUACUCAACAGCAAGAGUAUGUGGAAGAGCUUAGUGCUCUGGUACACAACGGCUCAACUUUGGGUGAACAGCCCGAUGAGGCCUCAGUCGAGCUUAUUUUUACGUACAACAAAGGUGGUCAGGAGGCUGAAUUUACCGUUACCCGCACCUGGCAAAAAGGUAAGCGAGACAAACUGUCCUUACAGCAGGAUGGCAAACUCAUUGAAGGACUUGGCUAUGAUCAGUGCCAGGGUUUUUUAAAUGAAUUAAUCCCCCACGGCAUAGCCGACCUGUUUUUCUUCGAUGGUGAAAAAAUUGCGGAGCUUGCUGAGGACGAAUCGGGAAACAUCCUCCGUACGGCUGUGCGUCGUCUGCUGGGUCUGGAUCUAAUCGAGAAGCUCCGGAACGAUUUAACAAUUUUCGUGAAGCGCCAACAAUCUGGUCAACUGGCUGAAUCUCAACAGCAGAAGCUGCUUGAACUUGAGAAACAGAUUAAAGAAUUUGCCUUUAAAACCGAGCAACUUCUUGAAAAGGCUGAUUUCGCUAAAUUGCGUAUUGACCUAAUCUCCAAGGAAAUUGUGCAGAAUGAGACCCUACUAAAUGCACAAGGGGGGGCAUUUGCUCAAACAAAAACCCAGGAGAAACAGAAGGUCGAGACGCUUUUAAAAGAAAAAGAUCGCCUGGAAAAAGCGCUUCGUCAUGAGUGUGAUAGCUCUUUACCGUAUGCUUUAGCUCCAAAGACUCUGGGUCGUUUGCUAGAACAGAUUAGUGCAGAGACGCAAAUAAAACAGGCAAAUAGCUUCGAGAAGGAGUUGAAUCAAUUCCUUACGCAACUCAAGAGUGACAUUUCUUUCCGUUCAGGAAGCACAGGCAAAAUUGCUGCUGAGGCUAUAGAAGAUAACCUUAAAACAUAUCUUGCUGAUAAACCAAAAGGUGAAUUGCUGUUUGACAUAUCUGAACGUGAAGCUGGGAUGAUUCAGCAGGCCAUCGAAAAGGACAGUAAGAAAGCUUGGCAACGCUUCGAUCUUUAUCGUAACCAACUGGCAGAGGUGGAAGAACAGUUAGAGCAAGCCGCAGCAAACAUCGCACGGGCACCGGAAGAUGAUCAGCUGAUGGAUAUUUUUGAAAGACUCCGUGAUCUGGAUCGUCAACGUGAAGCUAAGCGGCAGGAGUAUCGCUCAUUGCUUGAAGAAGCAAAAAAUACCAAACAACAGCAACUUGAUUGCGCUCGCCAGGUACAAAAGGCUCACGAUGCAGCACGCAAUCAGCACAGCUUUAAUAGCGCAUUCAACAAUGCGCAAGAGACAAUCAGCUUGCUUGAUCGAUACAGUGAACUGUUAACGCAGGCUCGAGUAAAAACCCUCUCAGCUAACUUUGAAGUUGCAUACCGUAAGUUAGCCAGGAAAGAAGAUUUGCAGCUGAAUGCGCAUAUUAAUCCACAAACCUUUGAUGUUGAACUGGUGGACGAGAAUAACAGAGUUAUUAACCGUAAAUUACUCUCCGCAGGAGAGAAGCAAAUUUAUGCGAUAGCGAUCCUUGAAGCUUUAGCUAAAACAUCUGGGAGGGAUCUGCCUGUGAUCAUUGAUACUCCGCUAGGACGCCUAGAUUCUCAGCAUAGAGAUAAGUUAAUCAACCAUUACUUCCCUUAUGCAAGUCACCAAGUCGUGUUGCUUUCGACUGAUACUGAAGUGGAUGAAAGAUAUUUUGUUGAUCAGCUUAGAGAUGAUAUUUCACAUGCAUAUGAGAUCGUGUUUAAUGCUCGGACAAAGUCAUCUGCACUUAAACCAGGAUAUUUCUGGGAAUUAACUAAGGAGAUGAUUUAA